ACACUUUCGAAAACACAUAAAUACUACAGAGAGCUACUGCAGGACGUCUUUGAUCCGCUCAAAGGCACAAGAUGCCAGCCCUCAGCCUCAUCGCCCUGGUCAGCCUGGUGUCCACUGUUUUUGCCAGGCAGUGGGAGGUGCACCCUCCCCAGCAGCAGGGCGGGCACUGGGCGCAGAUAUGCAGCGGGAACCCUUUCAAUAGAAUCCGGGGCUGCGACAAAUACGGCUGCGGCAAUUACGGAGCCAGCAGACAGGGCAAAGGAGAAAUACACAGGGGCGUGGAUGUCAUCUGCACUGAUGGAGCAACAGUGUAUGCUCCCUUCAGCGGCCAGCUGUCCGGACCCAUUCGAUUCUUUCAUAACGGAAAUGCCAUUGAUGAUGGAGUCCAAAUCAGGGGGUCAGGUUACUGUGUGAAACUCGUCUGUAUUCACCCCAUCAGAUACCACGGCCAAAUCCAAAAAGGGCAACAGCUUGGAAGAAUGCUGCCAAUGCAAAGAGUGUUUCCUGGCAUUGUGUCUCACAUUCAUGUUGAGAACUGCGACCAAUCUGAUCCUACUCAUCUCCUCAAACCUGAUGUUGCACCACCACUCCCACAACAAGAUUCUUACUGGGCAACAGUAUGUGCUGGGAAUCCUACAAACGAGAUAAGAGGUUGUGAUAGAUACGGCUGCGGGUACUUUGGAGCUCCGAGACGCAAUGGUAAAGGAGAGAAGCACAAGGGCGUGGAUGUCAUCUGUGCAGAUGGUGCAACAGUGUAUGCUCCCUUUUCUGGUGAGCUGUCUGGACCCGUUAAAUUCUUUCAUAAUGGAAACGCCAUUGAUGAUGGAGUCCAAAUCAGGGGAUCAGGCUUCUGCGUAAAACUGCUGUGCAUCCAUCCCAUCAGAUACCACGGCAGGAUUUCUAAGGGACAAGUCCUUGGCAGAAUGUUGCCAAUGCAAAGAGUAUUUCCCGGGAUCACGUCUCACAUUCAUGUUGAGAACUGCGAUCGCUCCGAUCCUACUGCCAACCUUGAAAGGGGGAAAGGGAGAAGAAAGUGAAAUGGAAAUGUAAUAAGUUCUGAAUAAAAUACAUCUCAGCAUUCAAA